UGACCAGUCCUCACAAGUCACAAGUCACAACCUUCGUUUUUACUUUUUAAGCGCGCUCUCUCUCUUCGAGCCUAUUCUCCUCGUCUUUGUUUGAUCUUCUUUAAGCGCGCGCUCUCUCUUCGAUCUCGAUCUCUCUCUCCGACCUCACUCUGUCUCACCGGUUCACUGCGAACGUGUCUCUCUCUGCUCGGCCCCCUUGCUGAAAAGCAUUCGUGGGAAAGAGUAAAAACAGAGAAGAAACAAGAGGAUGGAAUUGUCGGUGAGCUCAAUAUGUGACUCAGAGAUCCCUCUUCAACUGCGCAAAAUUGAUGACUUGGUCGCUUCAUCCUCCAAAUCCCUUCAAUCCCUCAAGUCCACCGCUCAUGAAACAGCUCAACUUCAAGGGAAAUUGGAAGAGGCUAAAGGUAAAGUUAGGGAAGCCGAGGAUGAUUUGGUCAAAGCAAUUGCAGUUAAGACCCGCAAAGAAGCCAAACGAAUGGCCUUGUUGGAUGCUAUUGCCUCUGCAAAGGCUAGAGUGGAAGGCCUUAAGGCAAGCAUUGAGCAGAAGCAGACAAAGAAACAAGAGUUUGCGGAAUUUCUCGCUCAACAGUCUCUUGCUUUGACAGCAUCUGAAGGGAGGACAAAUGAAGGAAUUGAACAAGAUGAAACACAGGAGGCCAUCUCUUGGUACAAUAGGGUCCUUGGCUUUCAUGUUGAAGGUGGACACGGAGUAAAAUUCACAUUCAAGAAUAUAAACAUGAACAACCCAAAUGAGGAAUAUUCUUUUACCAUCCGCCAUGAAAACAAUACUUACACAUUGUUAAGUUGUGAACCUUCCCUUGAAAACACAGAAGAUCUGAUCCAUGAAUUAAACAAGACAAAUGGGUUAUUUAAAUUUGCUAGAGUAAUGAGGAAAAAGUUCCAGGAGGCAGUGAUACAAGGGGGUUUUGUUCAGACUACAGUUGAACAUGAAGAAUCUAUGUUGAUGUCUGCAUCUGCUCCAGUUUUAUCAAUGUCAUCUGCUAGAAGUGAUACUACAGCUGAGGGAAUCAAUGAUCAUGUUGAACCUGUUAAAGUUAAUUCAAAUAUUAACAAACAACAUAUUCAAAGAAGGGUAAAUUCAGGAAUUCUAUCUCCUGGUUCCGCAUCAUCCAUUCGCCGGUCUCCUCGUUUGAAGGCCAUGAGAUGAAUCCAAAUGGAGGAUGCUUGCCUCCUCAUUUUAUGAUGCAUGCUGAGUUUGCUGAAGUGAUCUUUAUAGGCAUGACUUAUGGUUAACGUUGCUAAGAGCUAACAGAUUGACACUUCAGAUUUAUUUACCUUCUCGAUGUCUGUAUAUAGCAGAUUAGAGAUCUCCAGAAAAUGGAUAUUGUAUCUUAUUAUGUAUUGGGAAACAGGAAUUUAAUGUAGCUUUUUUGAAAAGCCGUGUUCCUUAUGUGGAAAUUGCUUUUUUUUUUUUUUAUCCCCCUCUCCCUCCCUUGAUAUCCGUCGUUAUGGACUUAUGGUACCAAUAUCUUGCAUUGGCUUUGUAAAUGAAGCAGUGUAUUCAGUUAGAUCUCCAUGGUUUGUGUUUUCUUUUUGGCUACCCUUUUGUGUGAAUUUUCUUUUUGUUAACCAUUAUGUAUCAAGCUUUUGCGUGUGAAAGUUGCUGUAAAAUUACCAUGUGACCUAGACACCUAGUGAUUAUGAUUGCCAGUCACAUAAAGUGUACUCUAUUCUUGAGCAGUUACAUUCGUUGCAAUCUGAAAUAUUUCUCACUCGCCCCUUCUGCUUGUGAACUUAGAGCAACAUAACGUGGUUGCCGCACCCUGCGAUAUUAAUUUGAGUAACUUGGAUGCGAUGAAAAAUAGGGAAUCUGCAAGGAA